UUUUUAAAUGAAAAUACGAGUCUACAAUCUAACACAACUUGCAAAAUUUUGAAACACCGAGCUUUUUGAAGAGCUUGAACAUGAUGAAAUAAGCUUUUCGAAGAAAGUAGAAAUGAAAUAAGGUUUUUAAAUCGACGAUAUAAUCGUUAUUGAUGUAUUCUUCAAGUUCUCGUUGUUUUUAAUACCAAAUUCCCAGGCGUUCGAUCAAAAUGUACCAAGUACGAUCUGUGUUAUGGAUACGCAGUUUAAAACACCAGAAUCCGUGUCGCAGAAGCUUGAAUAUUCCUCGUGAUUUUUCAUCUGUAAAUCAAAGCACUAAGUUUUCGCGUUUUAAAAAUAUUACCAAACCGAACGUAGACGAAUUCGGUGCUCUCAGUGAUGCACCUUUACCUUACCGAAGUUUAAUAAAACCUACAGUAUUCACCGUUCUGUUCUCGACAGCUUCGUUCACGGCGGCUACGAUAUGGCAGUACGAAAAUAUGCGAGAAAGAGCACAAGUAAUCAUCAGUUCACCAAAGAGCUGGUUUUUAGAUAAGCUCGAACCGUCUAAUUUAUGGAUUCAGAAACAAUUCGGUGCGAAUUCAGCGCUUAAAAGAGGCUCAUUCAGACAGAUGAUAAAUGUUUGGUGGAAUGCAUUAUCAGAAGGUGAAAAAGUCUGGGUACCGAUAGCUUUUGCCAAUUUUCUCGUAUAUGCUGCUUGGAAAGUUCCUCGGUGGCAAGGUUUCAUGGUUCGGUACUUUUGCUCAAAUCCAGCUGGCAAGGAAGUAUGGCCCAUGUUCCUGUCAGCUUUUAGCCAUUGCAGCCUCGUGCAUAUGGGUGUAAAUUUAUUCGUUUUGAAUAGUUUCAUGCCAAAUGUUGUCAACUCUCUCGGCAAAGAACAAUUCUUAGCGUUUUACUGCAGUGCAGGAGUUUUCUCAUCUUUACUUAGUUACGCUUCUAAAGUGGCCCUAGUUUCGAAUACGGUUUCCUUAGGAGCUUCCGGUGCUAUAAUGGCUGUUUUAUCGUACACAUGCUCCAAGCAUCCUGAAACCUUAUUAUCGAUUGUAUUUUUACCAUUUAUUGUUUUCAAAGCCGGAUUGGGUUUAAAGAUGAUUAUGGGAUUAGACCUUACAGGUUUACUUUUAAGAUGGAGAACAUUCGAUCAUGCGGCUCACUUGGGCGGAGCUUUAUUUGGAUUGUUCUGGUGUCAUUAUGGAAGUACGCUCAUUUGGCAGAAACGAGGCCCUAUCCUGCAAUACUGGCACGAGCUACGUAAUAAAAAAAAUGAAUGAAGGAUAAUCUCACCAUUUUGAACACUUUUUGUACAGAUUCGAAGGCUAAAGUAAUAUUUCCUCGAUGUUGAGAAAAAUCACCGAAAAGCGUCCGUGUUUAAAUUGACCCCAGUUGUAAAACAUGUAACUAUUGUAAUUAUCGGCGAAAUAAUUAUUCCCAAAUAAUAAACGAAUUGUUAUACGAA